AUUUAGAAAUAGUUUUGAAUAGUACCAGGAACGAGACGGGCCGCAGUGGAACUUUCGCCGCGUUUAUUUCUUUCAGUGUAUAAAUUUUUGUGUUUCGGUUCGAUCGCAGAGAAAAAGAAUCGAUAAAUCGACGGGGAUUCGCGAGAGAUAUCCCGCGAUUAUUUUAUUUAUUUUACACGCUCGUGACGCGUAUACCAGUCGUAUAAAUACACGCUCGUCGAGCGAAACUCGCGAGUUGCCAUCAAGCAGGCGAGCGAAUUUAUUUUCCAUUAAUUUCACAAACAAUUUUCGUGCUUAAAAGUGCUUCAAAAAACUCACUGUUAGGAUACGAUGAAGGGCGAACUGUUGCGAACGACCGUAUGGGCCCUUUGCGUCGUGACGGCGGCGGCGGCGGCGGCGGCGGAAAAUCGAUACGCCGACAGACGACACAGAGCAACAGAUUACCAUAGAGCGAAUCCGGAAGACGCGGCGGCCCGUUGGAAGCGGGCGUACGCCGCCCCCUGGAACGGCGAACACUCCGAAUACCAAACGUUUACUAAGUUUUCCCUGUGGAAACCCCCGAUGUACCAAAUCAACGGAGCCUACUACAUCCCGGUGCUGGGCGAACCGGGCAAAGUACCGAUGUACUUCGCCCCACAGCCCUUCAACCCAUCGAACGUGUACCCGACGAAGAGGAAACCCUUCGUCGGCCCCCCGUACUUACCGCCCCACACCACCGCCGCCCCCACGGACGAGGCCACCACCAUGAAGUUAGCCUCGAGGUUCGAGUUCGACGACGACGACGACCGCCCCGUGUGGAACACCAUCGACAGGGAGCCGGCGCCGGCGGCGGCGGCGCCCACCAGGCCGCCGGCGCCGCGCCAACCGCCGCCGCCGCUCGUCCACCGCCCCAACACCAUCCAGCUGUCGGCCCAAGACGAGGAGGCCAUCAAGGCCAUCUUCGGCGACGAUUCGCCGCCUCCGAGGGUGGUUCCCAGUACCCCUAGAACCACCACCACCACCACCACGACGACGACGCCGCCGCCGCCGGCGCGACGCCCCUCGGGGCCGAGCAAUUGCGUGUGGGCGGUGGUGUCGUGCUGUUCGGCCGCCUCCAGCGCCUACCCGGAGCGGUGCUUCGAGCAGAGGGGCUGCCCGGGGCCCUUCUGGGGGGCCAGCCCCUGCGACACGGAGUUCGCGAAGGCGGCCGUGGAGGCAGCGUUGAAGUUCUACGAUCAAACCCCCGAAAAGGACUCCGAAGGACCUCCGAAAUCAUGCAUCUGUUUACACAACACCAAACUCACCAGCAGCGCAAAAUGGAAGGACCUUCCUGCGAAGGACCUCCGGCAAUCCGGAGAGCAAUAUCGUCCUGUGGAGCGCCCGAGUGUCCUGCACGAAUCCUGCCCGAUCGGCCCGUCGAAAUUCCGCGACAGGACUAGAAAGGACGAGGACGAGCGUUCCGCGCGGUGUCCUUUUCAAGGAUUAAUGUGCCGAGAGGCUGUUGCGCAGCCCGGAGGACGAAUCGCGACUGCUGGCGACAUCCUGCGGGGUUUGUUAGAAGGGUCCUGGAGAGACGAUGCAGGAUUUGUGGGGAGUUUUGGGAUUCUCCUAAUUGAAAAGCAGCCGUCGCGAAAAUCCUGCAAAUCCCUCGAUUCUCACACAGCGAGUACAAAAUCGUUACUUACGACUCACACUGUACAUGUACACCGAUUCGACAUGCAUGCGAAAGGAAUCGAUACCGCCGUAGUACCAGAUAACAAGAUUUUUUGGAUUUUUCGGUACCGCCGGUACCUUCAUAUUCUCAUUCUCGAUACGAUGCUGGUCCUUUGCGCCCUGAUCGCCGCCUACUCGACGCCGGCGCUAGCGACGGCGGCGCCGCGCCCGCCGCCGCCCGACGACGAUCAAAUGAUGCGACAGGGGAUGAUGAUCGGGCCGCCGAUGAUGCCGCCCCCGCGACCCAUGAUGACGCCCGGGGUGAUACCGAUGGGACCGCCCAUGUUCCAGCCGAUGCCGCCGCCCCCGAUGAUGGGCAUCAAUCCGGCUUUGGAGGAGAUGAAUCCGGAUUUGGACAGCGAGGUGAUAUCGGUGGUGAUACACCACAAUUUCCACAAAGAAGAUUGCUACCAGGACACCCAGUACAACGAGAUGGGCGCCUGCCAGGGCGACUACAGGGUGAUCGCCUGGCACCACGGCAGGUGCGUGGUGCGCCCGUACGGCGGCUGUCACCCCACCCGCAACAACUUCAAGUCGUACCUGGAAUGUCUGACGACGGCCGGGCUGGUGUGCGGCGACAUCGGAGGCGGCCUCAGCGAUUCGCUGAAGGAUUUCCUGGCGUCGUGGUGUCCCAUUUCGUUGGUGUGCAAGAUGCUGGGGUUGAUGUCGGUGAACGGGCAGGGUAUUAGGGAGUCGGAGGUGCAACGGUUGUUUUCCACCAUAAGGCCCUAUUGAGGCUCUAACCGACCUGCUGCUGGUUGUAUGAUGUAAUGUGUAAUGAUUGAG